AUGAACCCGGGCCCCGGGGACGCGGCAGGAAGGGGGCCGCCUGCGCCCCGGCCCCGCCGCCGCCGCUCCCUGCGCCGCCUGUUUGGACGCUUCCUGCUGGCGCUGGGCAGCCGCUCCCGCCCCGGGGACUCGCCGCCCCGGACCCAGCCCCAGCCGGGACGCUGCGAUGGCGACGGUGAGGGGGGCUUUGCCUGCGCCCCGGGCCCGACUCCAGCGGUCCCCGGCAGCCCCCGAGAGGAGCGUCCGCCCGGCCCUCAGCCGCAGCUCCCCGCGGGCGACGGGGCGCGGCCACCGGGCGCGCAGGGCUUGAAGAACCACGGUAACACCUGUUUCAUGAACGCGGUGGUGCAGUGUCUCAGCAACACCGACCUGCUGGCCGAGUUCCUGGCGCUCGGGCGCUACCGGGCGGCGCCGGGCCGCGCCGAGGUCACAGAGCAGCUGGCGGCGCUCGUGCGCGCGCUGUGGACCCGCGAAUACACGCCCCAACUUUCCGCCGAGUUCAAGAAUGCAGUUUCCAAGUAUGGCUCUCAGUUCCAAGGCAAUUCCCAACACGACGCCCUGGAAUUUCUGCUCUGGUUGCUGGAUCGUGUGCAUGAGGACUUGGAGGGCUCGUCCCGGGGGCCAGUGCCUGAGAAGCUUUCACCUGAAGCCAGUAAAACCUCUGAGAAUCACGUGUCACCAUCGACUCCGCUUUCUCUAGGUCAGAGCUUUGUGCAAAGCCACUUUCAAGCACAAUAUAGAUCUUCCUUGACUUGUCCCCACUGCCUGAAACAGAGCAACACCUUCGAUCCCUUCCUGUGUGUGUCCCUACCCAUCCCUCUGCGCCAGACGAGAUUCUUGAGCGUCACCUUGGUCUUCCCCUCUAAGGGCCAGCAGUUCCUGCGGGUUGGCCUGGCCGUGCCAAUCCUCAGCACAGUGGCAGCCCUGAGGAAGAUGGUUGCAGAGGAAGGAGGCGUCCCUGCAGAUGAGGUGAUCUUGGCUGAACUGUACCCCAGUGGAUUCCAGCGGUCUUUCUUUGAUGAGGAGGACCUGAAUACCAUUGCAGAGGGAGAUAAUGUGUACGCCUUCCAAGCCCCUCCGUCACCUGGCCAGGGGAUAUUCUCAGCUCAUGCAUCUGCUCUGCCAGUUUCCCCGCGCUUAGCAGCCUGUGAGGGCCAGCGAUUCCCCCUGUCUCUCCACACUGAGAACAAGGUGCUAAUCCUCUUCUGUAACUUGGUGGGGUCAGGGCAGCAGGCUAGCAGGUUUGGCCCACCUUUCCUGAUAAGGGAAGACAGAGCCAUUUCCUGGGCCCAGCUCCAGCAAUCUAUUCUCAGUAAGGUUCGCUAUCUCAUGAAGAGUGAGGCCUCUGUACAGAGCCUGGGCUCUCUGUUCUCCAUCCGGGUUGUGGGGCUGUCUCUGGCCUGCAGCUACUUGUCUCCAAAGGACAGCCGGCCCCUCUGUCACUGGGCGGUUGACAGAGCUUUGCACUCCAGGAGGCCAGGAGGUCCACCCCAUGUAAAGCUGGCUGUGGAGUGGGAUAGCUCGGCCAAGGAGCGACUGUUUGGGAGCCUCCAGGAGGAGCGGGCCCGGGAUGCUGACAGCGUGUGGCGACAGCAGCAAGCGCACCAGCAGCACAGCUGCACGCUGGACGAAUGCUUUCAGUUCUACACCAAGGAGGAGCAGCUGGCCCAGGAUGAUGCCUGGAAGUGUCCGCAUUGCAAAGUCCUCCAGCAGGGGAUGGUGAAGCUGAGUUUGUGGACCCUGCCUGACAUCCUCAUCAUCCACCUCAAAAGGUUCUGUCAAGUGGGUGAGAGAAGAAACAAGCUCUCCACGCUGGUCAAGUUCCCCCUUUCUGGACUUAAUAUGUCUCCCCACGUGGCCCAGAGAAGUACCAGCCCCAACCCCGGGCCAGGCCCCUGGUCUCCCUGGAAGCAGCCAGCCUGCCUGCCCACUGCCUACCCGCUGGACUUCCUAUACGACCUGUACGCUGUCUGCAACCACCAUGGCAGCCUGCAAGGUGGGCAUUACACAGCCUACUGCCGGAACUCUCUGGAUGGCCAGUGGUAUAGUUAUGACGACAGCACAGUGGAACCACUUCGGGAAGAUGAGGUCAGCACCAGAGGGGCCUACAUCCUAUUUUAUCAGAAGCGGAACAGCAUCCCUCCCUGGUCGGCCAGCAGUUCCAUGAGAGGCUCCACCAGCUCCUCCUUGUCUGACCACUGGCUCAUGAGGCUGGAGAGCAAUAGCAGCCGGCUGGGGAGGGGGAGUCUGUUGUCCUGGAGCUCGGCGCCCAGCCCUGCCCUGCCUCUGGUUUCUGACGCUUCUGUCACAAAUAACCUCUACGAUCAGGACAAGGGAGGGCUGGAGCCCAGGCGUUUGGUACGGGGCAUGCAAGGCAGAAGCUUCAGCAUGAAGGUGAACUGGACUCCUUCCCGAGCCAAGCAGGGGCCCUUCAAGACCAUGCCACUCCGGUGGUCCUUUGGACCCAGGGAGAAGCCAGCCGGUGCCUCUGUGGAAUUGGUGGAGUAUCUGGAGUCCAGGCGAAGACCUCGGUCCACAAGCCAGUCCAUUGUGCCACUGCUGACGGGUGCUGCUGGGGAGGCGGAGAAGUCAGCGUCGCCGAGGUUGGGUGUCGCCUGUUCUGCUAAAGGUGAAGAUAGUGGCCAAGUCAGUGAAGGAGGAUUGGCCGCGGCACCUUGUCCCUCAGGCCACCCCAACUACUGUCUGGGUCUCGGAAGCUCAGAUGGUCUAAACACAGCAAGAAAGCUAAAGGAAAAUGCAAGCCAGGACAUCAGGCUUCCCAGAAAGUUUGAUCUGCCCCUCACUGUGAUGCCCUCAAUGGAGAGCGAGAGAGCUGCUCGGCCCGAGGGUCAGAAGGCCACGAAUUGGAAGGGAAGCGGGCAGGCGGCAAAGAACGGCCCCUCCUCCCCCUCUGCAGGCUUGUCUGGAAAUAGUAAGGGCAGCCCUCGAGGUGCUUUAGCCAGGAUGAGAGCUAAUGUGGGGGAAAGGGACUCUGAGGUGGACAGACCCCCACAGGGAACGCUCACCCUUCUGAGGUCUAUGUUUUGGAAGAAGGAGAAUAAGAGGAAUGACAGGGCAGAGGGCAGCCUCUCGGCACCCCCGGUCUCCCUGGUCAGUGGCAGGCUGAGCCCUGCCAUGGACAUGCAGGCUCGAGGCUCAUCGCCUUCCCUGAGGAUCCGAGAGAACCUGGCCAGGGGCCUGGGCAGCCAUCUGGAGAGGGACGUUCGGUCGGCCCCCAGCUCUCUGCACCUCCCUCGCAAAGCUGGCAGGCCCCCAAGAGGCAGUGCCCUUAGCACGUCACAGAGGAGUGUUUUGGGGGAGCAGACUUCUUACGGCACCUUGCAGAAAGUCAAGUACCACACUCUUUCCUUAGGCCGGAAGAAAACCUUACCAGAGUCCAGCUUUUGA